AUUGGCAUCAUUUAUACCAUAAAAAAGGCGUUGAAAGCUUCUUCUUUCGCACAUGAAAUCAUUGAAAUUGGAAGCCAUGCAAGUGACAUCGAUGACGAAAAGAAAAAGAACCCUCAAAUCGCCGCUGCCUCCUCCUCCUUCAACACCUCCAACGCCGCAAACCAAAACCCGCCACUCAACUAACAUCUCCAAAUCUCGUCCGUGGGUCCCACUCAAUAUCUCUCGAGAAGAACUCUCUUUACCCCUCACAUUCCCCACCGGCCAAACCUUCCGCUGGAAAAACACCGCUCCUUUCCAAUACACAGGUGUCGUUGGGUCCCACCUCUUAUCCCUCAAACACCUCCAAAACGGUGACGUCUCAUACUCCCUUCACACCCAAUCCAACAACGACGAUGCCAAAACGGCAUUACUCGAUUUCUUGAACGCAGACGUUUCUCUCGCUGACACGUGGAAGGUGUUUUCCGCUUCCGAUUCAAGAUUCGCGGAAUUGGCGCAUCAUUUGGGUGGUGCUAGGGUUUUGAGACAAAAUCCUUUUGAGUGCUUGAUUCAGUUCAUGUGUUCUUCCAAUAACCACAUUAGUAGAAUCACUAAAAUGGUGGAUUACGUUUCGUCUCUAGGAACUUAUUUAGGUCAUGUUGAAGGCUUUGAUUUCCACGCUUUCCCCACUCUUCAUCAGCUUUCAUUGGUAUCUGAACAACAACUCAGAAACGCUGGUUUUGGUUACAGGGCUAAGUAUAUAAUUGGCACGGUCAAUGUUUUGCAAUCAAAACCUGAAGGUGGAGAAGAAUGGCUUCAUUCUCUUCGCAAAUUGGAUCUUGAAGAUGUUAUAUCUGCACUUUCCACGUUACCUGGAGUGGGUCCUAAAGUGGCUGCUUGCAUAGCUCUCUACUCACUUGAUCAACACCAUGCAAUUCCUGUUGACACUCAUGUCUGGCGAAUUGCCCAAAAGCAUCUUUUACCUGAGCUUGCAGGUUCAAAGUUGACACUGAAGCUUUGCAAUCGUGUUGCAGAGGCUUUUGUAACAAAAUAUGGUAAAUAUGCUGGCUGGGCUCAAGCUGUUUUAUUUAUUGCCGAGUUGCCUUCACAAAAGGCCCUCCUACCUUUAAAUUUGAGGACUACCAAACAGGGUAAUCCCACAAAGAGAGAAAACAGUGUAGAAGAAUUUGAUUGAGAUAUAAAUACAGGCGACUCAGGUGUGACACACUACAGUUGAACAUUUAUGAGAUAGAACGUGGCGAUAUCACACUGCAGAAUGAGGGAUGAUGCUAGAUGCAGGUUAUUCUACUAUGCAUAUUGUUAACAGCUCUUUCCACAACCUUCAAUCUUGGUCGACGCGGAGGUGGGCAAUGAACUAUCAGUAGAUGACAUGGUCAAAAGUAGAGGGGGACAAUGAACUGCUGGCCGAAGACUUGGUUACUGCCUACAUUGAUGAUGAACUGUUUCUAGAGUAAAUAGUGGAGAUGGAUGUGUAGGUCAAUGUCAAUAACUUGAAUCAGAUGUGGAUAGAGCGUGAGAGACACCGAGAUACAAUGUAUCACGAGAGUGAAGAUGCAACAAAAGAUAGAGGGUGAGAGGUCAUGGAGAUUUCACUGCUAUUGGCGUUUACUUGCAUGUCCAUCACCAUUGUUUUCUCCUCCGAUAAUUAAUCAUCUUCAUCAACCAUGUCUUCCACCAAUUUUUCAUUGUCCACAUUCCUUGCAUUUUAUUAGUUUCAGAUUGAUCUGUUGUAAUUGCUAUUCUGCAUCUUUCUUCUUCAUCUGGAGAAAGAUUUGUUUUCCCAUUUCUUGUUGUAUGACACGAUUUUUCUUUUCAUGUAAGUAAACACUUUACACAAUUGAUUAUGAACUCUGAUAUUACCUCCCCAUGAUUAAAAGACGUUGCCUUUGCUA